UAUAUGAGAACUUUAAGAGUUAGCAUUGAGCAGAAACUCAAACCCUUUUUAAUUUUAAACGAAAGAAUCACAUGGUAACUUUGUUCUUUUCAUUCAGAGUGUGACCAAUUAAUCUUCGUGCACAAAUAUUUUCAGAAAAACAGGUUUAACUAUUACAUGAACAUGCAUUAAUGUAUUAAGUUCAGAAGACCAAAUAAAGUUUCAGUUGUUAGUUAAAAAUGUUGAGUUAACCCUCGCUGCUGUUUGUCAUUGCAAUAACGUUAAAGUUAUUAUUAAUGAAGGGAUGAGAAGUUGAAAGUUGUUUUGACAGUAGGUGUGCCGUGUUAUCUGUUGGGCAUGGAUUUGACUUUAGAGAAUACUUUUCAUUCUAACAACAGCCGAACCAUAACAGGUGUGUAAAGCACAAGAAUGCAGAUGCUUGAAUGGCCAUGAACCAGUCGAGCUGUAGAAUGUCAAUCAUCUUCACGUACAACCUGCUAGGAUUUUUGGAUCGGCAUUCAGAAGUCGAUGGUGAGAAGGAAAGCAAGAGCAGCAAAGGAGAGCGAUUGUGGAACGACUCAAUUACAGCAGGGGAAGUUAAACAAUGUCAAAGCCAAACCCACCAGUUCCCUUGCCAAGGAGGAAGUUUUUCCCCUCAAACAGCACGGAGGACGACAAUCUGUUACCAUGUAGCCCCACUCCUCAGUCUCCCACGAAAUCUCCACAGGGAGGUUCGGUCAGCUCAACUCCUCCACCAGUGUCACCAAAGAAGUGGAUCCUUAGCCAGAGCUCUGGAGGAUUUGACUCUGGAAAUGGAACUGUAGAAAUAGUAAAGGGAGGUUCGGUCAGCUCAACUCCUCCACCAGUGUCACCAAAGAAGUGGAUCCUUAGCCAGAGCUCUGGAGGAUUUGACUCUGGAAAUGGAACUGUAGAAAUAGUAAAGGGAGGUUCGGUCAGCUCAACUCCUCCACCAGUGUCACCAAAGAAGUGGAUCGUUAGACCGAGCUCCGGAGGAUUUGAGUCCGGAAAUGGAACUGUAGAAAUAGUAAAGGUGGUGGCCAAACCACCAGUUUACAACUGUCAACCAAAAGCUUCUCCUCUGCCUCAAAAAAUCCCAAAAGAACGGCCUCAUGAUGGACACAAAAUGGAUGACAUCUCUUUGUCCAACUGGCAAAACGGACUGAAACCCUGGACUUCUCUGUGCAAAGACCUCCAACUUAGAGGAGAGGAAGAAACAAAAAUCAUCAAAGAUGAAGCUAAACAGCUCUACAAAGCUAUCCAGCGUUACAUCUUCCUGCUGUCUAAACAUGGUGACACUCUGAAGGGGCACACUGCCGAGCUGCUCUGCAUUGCUGACAACUUGGACAAGGUUUCAAAGGGGACAAAGAUUGCUGGCAUCACAGGAGGAGCUACAACUGCAGCAGGAGGUGUUGCAGCAGCGGCUGGGGUGAUUCUGGCCCCAGUAACAAUGGGAUUAUCACUGGCACUGACUGCAGUUGGUGUUGGCGUCGCCGCAGCUGGCGGCGUCACUGGUGCAUCAGCAGCCAUCGCCAACAAGGCGAACGUCAGUCAAGGCAAGAAGAAACUCGAGAAGACCUUCCAUGAGUACAAGGACCUGAUGGUGAAUAUUCAGGAUUGCUUGAAGUUCAUCAAUGAGGGCUUAGAGCAGCUAAAGCAGCAUGAUCUGUCUGUUCUGAGUGAAGCCAGGAAGGAGUCGGUGAAAGUAGCAAAGAUGGUACAGCUGGCCACUACAGGAAGAGCCAGUGCCAGGGCCAUAGAGGCUAACAGUAAAGCGUCCGGGCUGAUGGAAGGCUUCGCCCUCGGCAUCGAUCUCUUCAUCCAAGGAAAGAAUGGUCAGAGGCCAAAGAAGGACCUCAAGUCGGCGCUUGCUACGAAAAUCCGCAAGCUAGCAGAGGAGCUCAAUAAGGGUUUGGAUGAGCUCAAGGAAUUGUUCAGUGAGCAAUGUUCAGGAGUGAAAGGUUUUUAACUUGUUGACCUUCUCCUGCCUGAUUUCAUCUUCAUACGUUUAUAUUUGCCUAUUUUAAAAAUAUAUCAACAUAUCUAGCAAUGUAGUAUGUGUAGGUUAAAAAAAAGGAACAAACCCAAAUACUGUAUAACACAACAAGGAACAGACUUCUCAGUCUCCACUUUAAUGUCCUUAUUUUUCUCCGCAAAACUUCAAUGACUAGGAAUACAGAGCCACACGUAAUUACACUGAUUAGACAACUUGAGUGGUUACAGCUUUAGUAAAAAGAUGUAAUUGUUUUAUCGAUUUAGAUUUUGUAAUCAUUAUCUAUCUUAUUAUCUACUGUAUAACCAACUUGGUUAUACAGUUGAUAAUCUAUGAUUAAUAUGUUAUGUAUGUUGUUGCAGGUUCAGAGUGGACCUGACCUGAGAGUUUACUUGGACAGAAUAUAAUAAAUAUAAUUUGGGAAUUGUG